GAAAACUUAUCAUUGUCUUAAUUUAUAAUGGGUUCAAUAAUCCUAGUAGCCAUUUAUGUGGUCUAUUAGAUUUUUGACUAUAGAAGCAGUAUUAAAAGAGCAGAAGAAAACACAUAGCAAGGAUAAACUGAAGAAAAGUCUUUAAGUCCUCCUAAUCCAGAAAAAUUAGAGAUCGCUUCGUUAAAGGUGAUGACAUUAAAAGAUGUUUAACACAACAAUGGGUUAUGUGGCAAGAGAGUAUUUGUAGCAAUAAAAAAUUUUGUAUUUGAUGUAACGAACUCAGAUGCAUAUAAGCCUGAUGGUCCAUAUGGAGUAUUUGCAGGACAUGACAUAUCAAUAUCAUUAGGAAAAAUGAAUAUAUCAGAAGAAUUCUUAGAUAUGUAUGGCACUGUCACAUAGCCAGAAGAUGAAAUAGCAAAUAUGAAUAGUUGGUUUAGUUAUUUCUAUACAAAAUAUCCUGUAAUUGGAAGAUUAGAUGAUAAAAAAUAGGAUUGA